CUGACGUCUCAACAUCCUCGUUAGAGCUACGUACAUCGGCCUAAAAUAUUUCUAAGGUUGCAUCUUUAAAUUGCGAACCUUGACAGCUUCACAAACCAUCUAUAUGUAGAUCGGAUCUCUUAUGCUAUUGAGAACACUGAAUAAAUCAUUCUACCGAACCCCGAAACCUCACUUCUGCUUCUCGUAAAUUGCAAGGGGGAUUUUGGAAUCUCAAACCAGCAAAAGCCAAACGCCCGUUUUAUUACCAUUUAACCCGUCGCAUUGUCGCAUCGCAUGCUUGAAGCUUUAGAUAUGUUAUUAAUGAGAGAAUUGCAACGCAUAGUAUGAAGGCAGUCCUUCCAGGCCAGCCCGAAGCUAGCCUUCAAGCUGUGUCGACCGGUUAUUGGGAUAGGAAGCGCAUUAUCGUUUACAUCACAGGCAACGCUUUAGCCAUCCUCUCCGACCCCGAAACGAUUAUCCAAACCAUAUACGACGAUGAUGAGAGAGCACUAGAGGCUGUCUCCUUUGACGAGUCGUCGGGGAAGAUAGCUGCUUGUACAGAUGCGACAGUGAGGAUAUACCGGCCAUUGAGUCAUGGUGACGAUGGUGGCUCGCCAAAGUGGGCUCUGCAAACAUCUUUCGAGGUUGACCAAGGUUCAACACCCUUAACGCUAUCAUGGGGAAGUUCCGAAGAGCUUCUCGUCGGACGAUCCUCCAUUUGGCUGUAUGAUACGACUACGACGCCCGCCUCUUGUCAUUGGCAACAGGAGCUUGCUAGUCCUGCGAAAGCUGCGAACCUCUCUUACGACUCAUCCUACAUUGCCUCCGUUGGAUACCACGACCGACUAGUGAAGGUGUGGCGUAGAUUAAAUUUCGGUUCCGAGGAGGUACAUUUUGAUUUUGGCUAUCUUCCACACCCGAAAGCUGUUACUAAUAUGCAAUGGCGGAAACCAUCCUACGUUGGUCAAACGAUCGAGAAUGUGCUAUAUACCUUUUGCGCUGACAAUGUCAUGCGCGUGUGGACGGGUGCGGACGGCUCUAGUUGCCAGUCGCUGCGCCAAUGGGGGAAGUUAGAUCUGGCGGCAGCAAUACGGAAUGAACACGAGACACGCAAGCAUUACUUGAGAUGGGCCUUCAUACUAAGCCAGCGGGACCUUGCUAAUGCUGCAGAAAGGGCCGUCCAAGAACAAGGUGAGGGAGAAGCAAAAGAAGACGUUGCUCUUCAGUACUUACUAUCUAUCGCAAACAGAGACACGGAAAUCUGUGUUGUUUUCGAUGGACAUGGAAGUAUGUCGUCCUGGGCCCUGGAGAAUAUAAGUAGCAAGUCCAAAGGUGCCGAGAACGUGGACAAUGUCGCAUACGUCAAAUCGAAGGACUUUGAUUUCCUUGGAUCCUCCGCUGGAGAUUGUCAUGUUGAGAUUCUCAGUUAUUGCAACAAAAACGCAGGAAACUUGCAUAUGCUAUUUCACCACUUUGAUGGAAAGGUAGAAGUCUUCCAGAGCAACAUAGCAGAUUUUCUCGAUCCGACUGCCCACCCUAAAAGUCGCUUGGUUCCUUGCGCAACAUGGUCCGGACACUCUUCUUCAGUAAAGAAAAUCGUACGAAACUUUAGCGGCCGUGCUAUUGUAUCGAGAACUGAAAAUGGGGAAAGUAUUGUGUGGAGACAUGCUCCCGGCCCGCUACGGACGAGGUUAUUGCGACAUAACGUGAUUCCAGAGGCGCGCCACAUACACCGAAUAUGUCUAAUCAGAGGUGGAAGGUUCGUCGUUUUUCUACAUCACGAUAGCAUCUCAGUUUGGGACUGCACUUCAACUACCCACACGCUACUUGCAGAUUCCAAAUUCGACAUUCCCGGUAAACCUCUUUGUAUCCUCGUGCUUCCCCGGGAGAGGGCCAAUGAUGAUUCUAUCGCACACCUUGCAACUGUUACAUCAGAGAAACGAGGAAUAGUCUGGGAAGUUCACUUACCUCUAAGAAACGACGAUGCUACUAAAGCACAUACAAAUGGCUAUGGACCGCGUCUCCGAGAGUUCUGCACAUUCAAGUUGGAUGGUGCCGGAGAUCUCGCCUAUGUCUUACCGGUUGACCCUGCAGGUUCUUCGCCGGUUAUAUCUGGUUCUUUGGAUGUUUUUGCCCGGGAUGUCGCCGUAUCGUAUACUCACAGUGGACGGGUUGAAUUUUGGACCGCGAGAGUAUCUCGAGAGCGAAAUAAAGUCGAGUGGCUUUCAACUUCUUUGAUGGAGACGGGCGUGUCCGAACCAACUCUAGCCAGUGGUAGCGUAAUGAAGAAAGCUGCUCUAGUAAACGAGGAUCGCUCAGAACUAACAAUAUGGGAUAUUCGGGGAGCCCGAUUGGAGUACAAACAGGACUUCGGAAACAACAACACCGUACAAGAUCUUGAUUGGUCAUCCACACCGGACUCACAAUCAAUUCUCUCUGUUGGAUUUCCGUACCGCAUUAUUCUACUUUCGCAGAUGCGGUUCGAUUAUUUGAAUAAGGGUCCUGCAUGGGCUCCAAUUCGAGAAAUCAGUAUCCGAGAUUUCACACCUCAUCCUAUUGGAGACUCAACUUGGCUUAGCGAUGGCAAUUUGGUCAUUGGUGUAGGCAAUCAGCUUUUCUUAUAUGACAGAACAUUCGGGACAACUGAUCGAUUAAUCUCACACGCACGGGUGCCUCAUCGCAAGGACGGAACGAGAGACUUAUUCGACAUUAUUCAAAGAUUGAACGGCCCAUUGCCAGUCUUUCAUCCUCAAUUCCUCAGCCAAUGCAUAUUAGCAGGGAAGCAUCUCGUGGUAAAGCGCAUCCUCCUUGCUUUAAACUACACAUUGAAGUAUCACGUAGAAGGGGAUGUGAUCGAUGACUAUCUAGGUCUCGAUCUCGCAGAAUUCUACAUUGGCAAAGUGGCCUCUAUGUCUACUAAUGGCAACGGUUCAUCCUACCUCAUAAAUCAAACAUCGUUCGAUGAUAAUGAUGAAGUCUUCACGGAGGAGAUCGCGAUUGCUAUUUGCGAGAAACUCCAACAAAUAACAAUCCCUCAACUCUCCGGCCACGAGCAGAUUCAGUUACUAGAUAUCGUCGAGUGCUCGGGGAUGGUAGAGAAGCAGCGUCGCUCGAUGGACGAAAAUGGAUCAAGGUUCAUGUUAUUCUUCCGGCAGCAUGCACUGAGGAAGAGAAGAACCAACGAAAUCCACAUGUCGUGGAGAGAAAUCAACUGGGCUUAUCAUUCUACUAGUCAGGAUAUACUAACAGACUUCGUAUCCCGCCAAUAUCAUGGCACUUUGUUGUGGGAAAAUGCGAGAGAAAGCGGCAUGUUCAUGUGGCUUACAGAUGAAGCCGCCGUGAAAGCACAGUUCGAAAUCGUGGCUCGUAAUGAGUACACGAAGAGCGAGAUGAAGAAUCCCGUAGAUUGCAGUCUCUUUUACCUUGCCUUGAAAAAGAAAACUGUUCUUCAAGGCCUCUGGCGCAUGGCAAGUUGGAAUAGAGAGCAAGGAGCAACACAACGACUCUUGGCGAACAAUUUUGACGACCCUAAAUGGAAAACCACAGCGUUGAAAAACGCAUAUGCUCUGCUUAGCAAGCGUCGUUUUGAAUAUGCCGCUGCCUUCUUCCUUCUUGCGAAUCACUUACAAGAUGCGGUAAAUAUCUGUCUGAACCAGAUCAAGGAUCUUCAGCUCGCCAUUGCCAUUACAAGAGUGUACGAAGGCGAUAGUGGGCCGAUACUAAGAAGGUUACUUGAGAAUGAAGUUCUCACUGUUGCGGCUCAGGAAGGCAACAGAUGGCUCGCAUCAUGGGCGUUCUGGAUGUUGAAGCGGAGAGAUAUGGCCGUUCGCGCUCUGAUUACACCCGUUUACACGCUAUUGGAAUCCCCGGCCUCGUCAAGUAACUUGGAUGCCAAACUCUUCUUAACUGAUGAUCCAGCUCUGGUUGUAUUGUAUUCCCAACUUCGACAGAAGACCUUACAGACUCUCCGUGGAGCGUCGAAGGUGAUGCCGAGGACGGAGUGGGAAUUCAUUCUACACAACGCAAGACUCUACGAUCGUAUGGGGUGCGAUCUGUUAGGCCUUGACCUUGUCCGUAACUGGGAGUUCCUCCGGCAACCACCAUCGGCGGAACCAAGCUUUGGCGGAGAAAUCGAUCCCAGAAAAUUGCUCCGACGUCGCAGUUCAUUAGUUGUACAAGACAUGCCUAUGUCAUCUCUCGCUCCAGGGGAAAUGAAGACGGGAAGCCAUGGUGUCAACCCGCCACCGAGCGUGUUCGAAGAACCGGACGCCAACUCGUUGCUAGACAGUUUUGGAUUCUAAAAUUACCUGCAUUUGGCAGGCUAGAUUGUAAUGGACGGUCCUAAAAAGUUAUAUUCGGUUGCCGGUAUUGCAUUAGCGUUGGUGGGCUGGUUUCCAACCGUGUAGAUAUCUGAUUAUCUAGACUAGGCGGCUAGGCAUGGAUACGGUAUGCGGAAUGGCGUUUUAAGAGCGCGUCUAACGCGGACUACAUUCUACAACUACGUACUUGCUAGAGCCUGGGUUAUAGAUAGACGAGAACUCGGGGUUUAGAAUUGUAUUAUUAGUGUAUUGGAGGUAUACUGGCGGGGUUUGUGUAGAAGGGAGCGUGUAUUAUGAGUCAGCUACCCCAGUUAGCAUUAAUAAGCACCUGAAUCCGGAGUCUAGUAGGUAUCAUUGGUU